AUGAUACGAACAAAAAUAAAGACUGUCAGUCUCCGAUCUUUUUACGGCAUUGACAACCUUACGAUUGAUAUGUAAGUAUGGUCUAUGGUGCAUGUAAUGUAGUUGCAUAUUAAAAUAUAUAAUGUCUUUGACUGAAGCUGAAAAAAAGGCAGCUGUUUUGUCGGCGUCUGAUCCGUUGCGGCCGGGCUCUUUGUCAUGCGAGUUUGAGUGCAAAGUUAUUCUUGAAACAAGGAUCUGCUGUUUUUAUUGUUAUUUGAUUAUGACUCCUAUCAUCUUUCUAUCCCUUAUUUCAAUAGAAGUUUUAAUGAAGGAAAAAUUUGGACUAUGAAAUUCAGGGAUAAUGAACGUAACUGCUCAAUUUAUCUGUGAGUGAAUUCAUCAUUACAACAACAAAGAUAUCAGAAAUCUGAAUAUGUGCAGUUAUUUUUUCUCUAUCAUUAGCUCUUAGUUGGUGAUUGAUUUUUCUUUUCAUAAUUUUUGUUUUUACAUUAGGGGAUUAGGACAGAAUGAUUCUGAAUAUAGCGUCAUUUCUGAUAUCGUCAAUUCUGAAAAAGAUGGUUGGGUUAGAGAUCAAAUAAAAGCGGCUUUUAAACAAUCUGGAUUUGCCAGGGAAAGUGUUGGACGUGAAUUACUCCCAUGUGAAUUUGGGACGUACGUUAAUGCUUCUGCUGAAACCAUCAACUGCACAGAGUGCCCAGCAGGUAAAUUCAUUUGCAGUUUAUGAAAGCUGCACAAUUAUAUCGUCGGGAUAUGUUUACAUUGUUAGUUAGUCCUGUGCUCAUUAUGGUUUAAAGGAACUUACAUGUAGUAUUAGAUGGCGUGUGCUUAUUCCUGGAAUACGAAAGUAUCUAUCUAAACACAACGAUAAGACUCUGGUUGAUACUUUUUUCCAUGUAUAACUUAAUACUGUAAAGAGAAAGGAACCAAUAAGCUACACUGUUGUUCGAGGUCACUGGUAGCAUAUCUUCAUUGAGUCCAAACCUAUAUUUGUUUGAUUUUGGAGUAAAACGGUGUCACUUCAUGCUGGAAAUUUCAGAUACAGUGUAAGUUCCGGCGAUGAGGAAACGUACACAAGUCAACCAAAUAACCGACAGCAAUCCUAUGAUUAUUGAGUGGACAGUGAUGAGGAAAAAUCGCUUUAGCUACAACAUUUGGAAAGUCAUGUUCGCCUUUUAUACUAAGAUAUUAGAAAUACGUAUAGCUGUUUUUCACUUUCAUGCCAUCGAAAAUAAAAACCAAAACCAUUCAAUAGAUUAAGUCCAGAAUCUGGGAAAUGAAAGACUUUUAACAUACAAAGGCCUUAAUCUAAAUUUAUAAAGCUUUUGUAUGGAGACGCCAGAAUGUUACACCUCUGGGCGGCACCAACAUGGCGGCCGAAAAUUAACAGCAACGUAUGUUACCGAGUUUUGAACAGGGGUCUUUUUUGCAUGAGCAUGCGCGACCGCUGAACAAGCGAUGUGCAUGGAGGCUCACCACAGGGUUUGCCUUCAUCAAAAUGGCGCGUCUCAAAGCUAUCAUAGCGAUUAUUUUGCUCGUUGGUCUUGGCGAAUGUGCUCGUGAUUUAACAAAAUGGUAGUUUGAAAAAACUCUGGUCUUAACAAAAGCGAAGUAGACCGGCUUUAACAUACACGAGCUACUAUCAAAUUUCAUCUCCCCACUUGACCUGGACAAUAGCGCGCGUAUAUGUAGUGCCUGGAGGAUUGCGCUGACCUCUUCAAAGUCUAAACAAAGUGCAGAAACGUUUUUUGAUGCAGCAACACUUUCAAUUUUCUUUGUUUUGAAAUGGGAAAGGAAGAGAAAUAUUAAAAAAAAAAUAGCAAAUUUCAGCGAGUGGGUUCGAAGUGCGCGAAAGCCGAUGUUCAGUUCAGCAGUGAAUUAAUAUAUGUUCUACAAUUUUCCCAGCACUUUAAAGCUAAAAAAUUAAGAGCACACGAGAAGUAGAUUAUUCACCUGGUGAGUUGUUGGUGGUAGUCACUCUGUAUGUUUCGAACAAUAAAAAAAAAACGAAUAUCAAUGAGACGCAGUCAAACUGCAUUCAAUAGGACCGAAAUUGAAGUCCAAUCUUGAGACCGAUUUUGAUGAAACAAACAGUUAGGUUUCCCAAGAAGUACAAUAACCAUCUGAUGCCGACCAAAAGUUAAAAAUGAUUAGAACAUUUAAGUUCUGGCUAAAAGCAAAUUCCUGUAAAAGAUGUGUUGCAAUGUUAGUCCACGCAAAAACAAGAAGUUCUAUUCUAAUUCUUAAGGCAAAAACUUUCUAUUUCAACCGAAAACGGCGUGGUAGUCGCCCGCUGAUCGUUAUUAAUCCACUCCCGAAAUAUGGCUAAAUCAGCUAUUAACAAAUUAUUGACAGAAAUCCUCUACGGCAUCGAGAAACUGAUUUACAUCCGAUUUAUAGACAAAUACUAAAUAAAGAACAUUUUGCUCAAUAGCUACGCAUCAGCAAUGCAUUCUAUGCUAAACUUUGCGGUUCUUAACGGGGAAUCAAGACACGAGUCGAGCGCCAAACAACAACAAGCAGCCAUGUUCGUGUCAGACAUCCUUGAGAAACUUGCUCUUUCCCCUCGUUCAGCCCAUCAGUCUCCACUUUAAAUCAACAGAUCUUUACUUAUUUUGUACAACGAAGGUCUUUCCUAAGUUCCUGCUACCAUUUCAAUCUCAAGCAAGCUUUCAAAGUGAGCAAUUUGGUUCUUAUGACUAUGCAGCACGGUCGCUGUCACUGGUCGCGUGCUCUUUGACAAGUCAGCGGUCGCGCAUGCUCAUGCAAAAAAGACCCCUGUUCGAGUUUUGUAUUUCGGUAACACUUUUCCCAAUUAAUAAAAGGACUGCUCAGGUAGCAUAAUUAGAAAUUCAAAUGUACUCCAUGACAAAUCAAAGAACUCUUUCGAAGUGGUAAUUUGUAAAUAUGAAAGGUUUUUGCUGCUGUAACACUUAAUGAAAGGUAAAAUUUACGGGAUCAAUCAUUCUUUAUUUUUGAAAAUUGGUGUCGCUAUGUGAAAACUGUUGAAGCCACAAAUGUACUAAUUGACUACAAAUGUAAUAAAGCCCUCAGAUAUAAUAAGAAUUGAUCACUAAUGUAAUUAAACGACCUUAAUGCUAUGAAAACCAUUUAUACUCGAUUUUAAGUCGGGACACAAAGCACCGCAGCGCUCUGUCGAAAAUUGGGACUUAAAGAUCCGGGACGCGACGGCUGUAAGACGCCACAGGAAGUAAAUUUUCAAAGAGGAGACAUGUUGUGCAUGCUCAAGCCGUUGUCCUGGUGUCACCACGUCGCGUCGAGAACGCGGGUUUUGCGUGUUUGACGUUCUGUACAAAACGUGAGUAUAAAUGUUCCUGUGCUUAAAUUAAAUGAUGAUAUAUUCCUCUAAACAUGUAAAAUCAGCCUUCUAGGAUCAUUGGACGUAAUUUCUGGCGACAUUUUAGAUCGCAGAGAUGGAAGGAUUUUGAUUAUUUUUAAAUUUCUUUUAGGUGUACGAAGCUUAUAAAAUGGCAGCGUCUUCGACUUCGACUUCGAGCGAGGCUUGCAAGUAAGUCACGAGCUAAAACUGCAAAAAGUGAAUGCAGGAGUCUUCUGCAUACUCUUCUCGUCUCUCGUACUGUUGCAAUUCUCGAUUUAUUGCGUUCAUCUGCCGCUAAAAGCCAAUUUUAAGCCUGUAUUAUUUAAUUUUAUUUUAUUAAACUGCGUGUAUUUUUAUGCUUCCCUUUAGUUCAGUAAUGUUUGGACUCAUGAUCAUGAAGCCAUUCUAUGCAUAGAAGUCGUCAGUGUAAAUCCCUACACAACUAAGAAAGGGUCAACACAAAGAAGCAGAAUGUGGGAAGAAAUAGCAGACACCUUGAACAAAUGCACUGUGCCGAAAUUCAGGGUUGAUAAGCGAUCAGUCCGAGACCACGUGGGAAUCCUUGUUUACAAGCAUAAGAAGAAACUUCUAGCGGAGGAAAAAGCAACUGGGAUAACUCCUGAUGAGCUAACGGAACUAGAAAACCUAUUGGAUAUGAUCAUCGCGUUGGAGGGAAGUGGCGAAGCGGAAUUACAGGAAACACCGGAAACAGCAAGCAAAAAACGUCAAUACGAUCGGGAUAAAGCGGAAGAUGUUAGACUAAAGGCGAUGGAGUAGCUGUCAGAGAUGAAGAAAAGAAGUUCAUCAGCGGAUGAAAGCGAUGACAAACCGAAGCGUCAACGAAGAAGUGGAGGUGAUGCUAUCGAACAAAGCACAAACAAAGCAUUUCUUGGACUUCCUUAAAUGAUGCCAUGGCUAUUUCUGCGAAAGAAUUGCUGAAGAAUCACACUGAUAAAGAGCACUUUGCAGCCGCGUCGUGUUGCAUCGCGACGGAGAUCUUAACUUUACCUUUCGCGCGCAAACGACGGCGUUCUACAGUUCCAGUCCUUUAUCAGCCACCGCGUUCUAGAAGUCGUCGCGUCCCAGAUCUUAAAGUCCCUAAUAACAAUAUAAGCGCCGACCUCAAACAACCUUAGCAAUACGCGCCACAAAUGUCUUAUAGCCAAAUUCGUUGCAUCGCGCUGCGUGUUUCCAAACUACGAAUGGGUUUUUCUGUUCCGUCAAUCAUUUGAGUGGGGGUGGAGUUAAUGCAAAUCACAAGGCAACGCACUCUCCCAGCUUGGCCAGCAAAAACAAAAUUGAGAAUGACCCUAAACUGCUCAAGAAUAGCGAACGAAAUCGCAAUGAUUAGUGGAAUUUUUGUUGAGGGCAGGAGGCAGUCAUUGCUUUAUUCUUGCAAAAGACAAGAAUAAGAAAGAUCACAAAAAGCUUCGAAGAAAACUAAUCGAUCAUUGCCUGAAACAAUGCGAAACAGGGCGAUCACAAGCAGCGAAACUUGAAAAACAGAAACAAACAAAGUGGAUGGAAAUACACCAAUCACAAGUAAACAUUUGUUUCCUAAGAGGUCCGCUAAGAUGAUUGACGGAACAGAAACACCCAAAAUUCCUUCGAAGUUUGCAGAACGCGCAGCGCGAUACAACGAAUUUGGCUAUAAUUGACUACAAAUGUAAUAAAGCCCUCAAAUGUAAUAAGAAUUGAUCACUAAUGUAAUUAAACGACCCUAACGCUAUGAAAACCAUAUGUACUCGAUUUUAAGUCGGGACACAAUGCACCGCGGCGCUCUUUCGAAAAAUACAAUAUAAGCGCCGCCCUCAAACAACCUUAGCAAUACGCGCCACGGCACUCUUUCGAAUUUACAGCGUUAAUUGGGUUAAAUGGGUUUAAUGCAGUAGAAAAUAAAGUUUUUACGAAAUAGCGCCGCAAACCUUAUUUCUUUUCCUCUUUUACGCGCGACUGUUACUAACUGGGCGGUUCCAUUUCGAAAAAAAAUGAAAUCUUUUAUUUUUUCGAAAGAGCACCGUGGCGCUUGUUUGUGUCUGACUUUUAUUGAAGGUGGCGCUCUUUCGAGCAACACGGUUUUGAUAGCAUUUGAAGGUUUUAAUUUAUUCAGUAUAUUCUUAUUUACCAAUUUGUAGUACAAUUUAAGGGCUUCAUUACAUUUUUGGUCAAUUAUUACAUUUGUGGCUUCAACACACAUAUAUUAAACUUUAUUAUGAUAUUAAAUUUUGGGCGAUCAGAAUAAAAAUCACGUGACAAUGAGGACACGAUAGUUUUAGCUCUAAAUCGAAUUUCAACCCUUGUAUCGGUAUUUUCUUUGAAAAUGCUUUACCCUACGUAUUACCUAUCUAUAAAUUAGAUAAACAGCAAUUAAACCAAAACUCGUUAACAUAUUUUCUCUAAAUUAAUUUUGUUCAGUGCUGCGACUGAUCGGCGUACUAUGAAAUCCGCGAAUUUCAUGUCCAUUGAAAACAAAACUUUUAAAGUUGUUUAACGCAAACGCAUGCCCAAAAUUAAAGCAAUGUCAUAGAUUUGGAUAAUUUCUUACUCUGGGAUUUGCUAUUUGUAGUGUUGUGUCAGUUUAGGUCUUUAGUAUGCGUUUUGUGAACUAAUUUUAAGUGUUAUGAGUAUUUGUGCAGCUGAUGGUAUUUAAAGAGUGGAAAUUAUUUAUUAAGGGUCGUCGUUAGUUGUUUGCUUAUAGCCGGCGUACUUAGGUACUUACUUAACACUUUAGGCUCGAGUUUACAACAACAACAACAAGUACUUCCCAUGCAGCACAAGAUAAUUUUCCGUGCGUGGCUGCCCAUGCCACCGAAAUCUUUCCCGAACAUGGUAAUGUUGUAGAAAGGGAUAAAAUUGAGGAAAGGGAAAACAAUUAGAGAACAUACGUUUUAUACGCGAGUUCAUCAGACGUCCGCUAUUUAAAUCUAUUUAGCAAUUGAUAACAUUGCCAAUUUCAUUUAAUUUGAGAUAGCGUGACACCGUCACUACCUCUUUUCACCAGUUUUCUCCCGUUCACAACAUUACCAUAUUUCAGAAAGAUUUUGGAGAGCAACCAAGAGCGGUAAAUUCAAGCCAAUUUUCAGGUAUAAUUACUAGUGUUUUAUAAAACUGGUCCAGACUCAUCCACCUCAUUCCUGCAUUGGUUUAUUUCUCAUAUUUCAAGAGAUAAUAAGCUAAGAGAGCGAAUCCCCCAUACAUGGCCCUGUUCCUAUGAAAUAUAUUUGAAAUCUAUUUUUGGUUCUGGAACUGCGUGGCUGUUUUAAUGACGCCACCUUAUUGGUCGGUUGGAACUGCGUCGUGUAAUUCUAUGCUUGACGGGUAAUUCAUUUCACUAACCAUCACGUUGUAAGUAACGUAACGAGCGAACUUUUUGAUAAAACUUAAAUUGUCUAUCGUCAGUUCAAUAUAUCUUGAGAGUUGAGGCAUUUAAUCCCAGUAAGUUUUCUGAUGUAUCACAUCUACCUAUUAUUUUCCUUUGCUAGUAAUCUUUUUUGAUCCUUUAUUCUUUCAGGAGGUUUCUAUUCGGACACGAAGGCUUUUGUAAAUGACGGCUGCCGAAAAUGCACCAUUGGAACUUUUGUCCAUUACAAUGAAGCACCCGGGAAAAGACCGUUUGACUGCAAGCCAUGUCCAGAAGGUAAUUCUCUUAAACUCCCACUCUUACCGCACUAUGGAGCAUAAUAUUAGUUAUCAUUUGAUCCAAAUUCAGCUUCCUUCUCAUUAGCCGAGACCCUAGCACGUGACCUGCAAUUAACUGCCUACAAAUAAUUGUCUGCUCAUGCGCAACGUCGUCCAACUUUCUUUGCCUGCAAAUAAUAUUCUCUCUAUGCCAUCGCUUUUGCGAGGAAAUGGCAGCUUCCCGAAGAACGUUCAGCAAACGCUCCUUUAAAAAGGUGUUAUAGUUAUAUGUAUGUCCAUAUAGUAUUUAGCUAUAAUUAAAACUAAAGGUUACAAAUAUGUGUGUAAUGCUGCACGCAGACACUGGGUAUCUGAGAAACGGUGAACUGAAAUGCACAUGCAUGCAAUUAGUAGGAUAAAGGAGUACAGGGGAGUCACGAUUUCUUUGUGAUUUUGAAAGUGUUUACGAGCGCCACAAUGAGUAAAAGGUAGCGCAAAUUGGAACACAACGAGAGUGGAACGAUUUUAAAUUAAGUUAUGAAGACACUACUGCAUAAGCUUGCUAAUUCCAAUCAUCCUGACAAAACAUAAAUCCAUUUUACAACGCCUAAAAAGCGAAAGGACUGACAAAGGAAACCACAUGAGACCCAAAUAGUAUUUUGCCUCCACUACACAACAGAACACACAAAACAACACUUGGAGCAUGGGCGUGUCGGUCAGCCAGGCCCAAACACUUUAUUAACUCACGUGAAUGAUUCCACUGUUACAGUAAUUCUAAGAACACGCUACAGCCGGACACGUAAACUCGAAAAAACCAACUAUUGGAAAAAUAGGGGCCGUGUAACCCCAACCUAUACGCUAUGGCGUCCCUUUGGGGUUAUAAGGCGAAACUAAUAAAAUAAAGCCUAAUAACAUGAAUACGAGCAGAAAACGAGAUGCUACAUAAAAUAGCUAAGAAACAGGGACCAAUACAGAAGGCAACGAAAUUAAGGCUAACAGAAUAAGUGAAAACUAAAGUAAACAAAGCAAGUUGACGCGGCGAGGCCGCGACCAUAGAAUGACACGCAUAACGAAACGGUCACUAUAUCAAACCCCGUAAACGAGAUCCCUCGCGCGCUACUCUAGAACCCAGCUCUCCGUUCUGUGUUGGCAAAAUAAUAUCUUAUGUCAAUUCUAAUUUACACAAAUUAUAUAAUGUGCUGCUCGCCUGGGGACUCGAAGCAGAUAGGUGGCCAAUAGCUACAAGUGUACUGUCUAAGGAAGCUGGACUUAUUUAGGGACGGACCAUUAGAAAACUUAUGCGGAGUUUGGGCGGGCGAAGUACAAAAAAAUAUUCGCGCAAGAAAAAUAAAAUGAAAAAAUUCAUGCACGCUAAUUAAUCCUAAAAAGGAUUCAUUCUAUGGCCUAAAAAAAAUUCAUACAAGGAAUUUGAUAACGAAAAAAAAUUCCUGUGGCUCGAAAAUCUCCCUCCCCUUCCCCCCAUAACUUUUCUAAUGGUCCGUCCCUAGGGGUAAGUUAGAAAGGUGUGAGAAAAGAAAAUAGAGACAAGAGACAAAAUAAAAACAACAACAACAACAACAACAAACAACCACUUUCUUUUUGUGAAGAAAAUAGUCAAUUUUUGGUCCAUUUUUAGAAAUAAAAGCGCCACUCUCAACGCCAUUUGGGACCUUACGAUACCAAGACGGCGACGGUAACGAGAACGUCUAAAACACAAUGGUUUUUUUUUAUGAGGAAACCAACAACUCUGCAUGUACUGUACAUUUCUUUGUCGUCCCUGCACAACUACGUUGUGAAAUGUCCAAAUGACGUGAAAACGGGAAUGGCAAGGCUAUAAAAUGUACUUAUUCUCUCUGAACUAGGACACGUCCCCCUCUUUUAGUUCCAGCCUUUAACCCGCGUGGAGUUUAGUUCCAACUUCUAUACUUUCAAGUAACUGGGUGACUUUUUUUUUUAUCGGCGUCGCCAUUUUCAUAUCGUAAGGUCCCGUCUAACCCUUUGCCGUGAGCCACUUUUAAGGAAAAAGCCGCAUUUUGGACCAAAUCCUUCUUUUUGAACCGUUAAAGCUUUAAUGCAAAUGUUAAUGCAUCCAGGAAGAAAAAUAUGCAUGGGUCCAUACGGACCUAAAAUGGCAAAAGCGGACGACACAGAGUUUUAACCCGCGUAGAGUUUCAGGAGAUGAUAUAUCGCCUUGCAACUUUAGUUGAGUGCUCUCUAAAGUUUCCAAGUGCUUCUUAUCUCAUAUGUAUUAUAAAUGGUCUGCUUGGCAGGCGCAAAAAGGGAAGGGGGAUGGGAAAGGGAAAAAAGUGCAAAAGCGAAGAAAAGGGAAGGGAACUCCAGCUAUAAGAGCCGAAGUUUUUGCCAUUUUGUCAACUAAUCCGAAAACGUCAACUGACAAUACGUGACCAAUGACAAGUAGUGGGGCUUCCUAGCGUGGUCCCAACCUAAUUACUUUGUUUACCGGGAAUUGUCAAGUCGAGACGCCUUUUUUCAACUAGAAAACAUUUUACUUUUCUUGCUCCCGCAGCAAACACGACCAACAUAGACUUUUUUAACUGCUCGCAGCUUACGACAAACAAUGAUCAUCUUGAAAAUGCUCACAAACAGUCGCCAGCCUGAGACUCGAAUAAUGAAAGGCGAAUUAUUAACAAUAGUCAAAAAGUUCAAGGAAUAGCUUUUACCAAAGCUGCAGCUCUCUCUUUACAAACCAUUUAGAAGGUCAUUCAAGACGGUGUAUGUUUUUGCGGAAAAGGCGGUCUUGUGAAUGUCGGCAUUGCAGAUGUCUGGCAAGAAUCGUUAUCGAAUUGAGUCGCCGCUCGGCGUUUGAAAAAAUCCAGUAUACAAAACCUCCUAAGCAUCUCUGCCUGCUAAACAAGCUAUUACAGACAGUUGGUUCUAGUUGGUUCAGUAGAUCACAUUUCCUUGAUGCCUGCAUCAAGUUUGUCUCUCACCAAUUCACGCCAGGAUACACGCCAAUAAGUUACUUAUUACGGCUCAGGCAAUCAGGAAUUUGCGGACGCCAACGUCCGCAGAAAUGAACAAAAGGGGGUUCUUAUAGCAGGCGUCCCUUACCCUCUCUCCCCAGUCCCCCUCCCUUUUUCCAUUCCUCCCUAUCCUAUGUCCGGUUCGACGCCUUCUUCGCAGGCUAAUCAUAAAUGUCUAUCACAUAUAUCAUCUGUAUUCUUGAUAUAUACAUCUAUGUACACGGUAGUUAAAUUUCUAUUUCAAAAAAUCCAAAGCAGCUUUGCUACGCUAACUUCAAUGCGUUGCUCAUUUGUGUUAAGGAAAUACGCUUCUGUACCGUUCAUCGAUCUCCUUGCGCUUCAUUUGGGCCGUAUCAUCUGGGCAUUUUCUUCGUUAUUGCUCAAAUUUUUCGCGACCUCGAAAACUAACAAAAAAACGGAAAUAACUUAGAUUGGAAUAUGUACUCGAUUUAUUCUUUGUUGUGACUUUAAAAACUUCAUGAAGAGGAAUAAAAUGUUUACACAUGGCACAAGCGCACUAUACUCAGAAAUGCGAUGACUCUGUAGUUGUUCCUAGGCAUGCUGCUUUCUUCGGUGCCAGUAAAUGUAAGUGGGGGAGCAAAAGUUGGGAGCAAAAAAAACUAAUGAAUAGCUCAUAAAUAAAUUGCCCGGGAAACUGUUAUUUCUCAAAGAUGAAAGGACACCGUAAGUGAAAAGGGGAACGAAGGAAAAAAGCAAAACAUGCGUAGGCUAGUACUAUUUUAAACGAGAAUUUUUUCCUUAAAUAAGUACAUGUACGUUGUAAUGAAUGAUGAAAAAUCUUCUUUUAUAAGCCAUGGCCCUUGGUAUAAAAAUGCGGGAAACUGUUUUUUCUCAGACAUGACGUGUUUUGCAGCUUUUAUAUGGGUAUAAGCUCUCCUGUGACUUAAAAUCACUAAGUCGUGACGUAAUUAUGCACGUUCUAUCUCCUGCCGUAUUCAUUGCCUAACAAUUGUAAAAGUUCCCAAAAUUAUGCAAAUUCAGGGCAUUUUUAAAACGCUCGCACGAAAAAACGAAAGCUAAUCUAUAGUUCAUCUUCACAAGGUUUGUUGCAUAUUUCUCAAAGUUACUUUCAAGCUGUAUUUUAUCUUGAUCUAGGCUUUCUUUCUCUUUUUUACACCCGUGCAAAGAAAGUAAUGCAUGUUUCGUGCUUUGUUGACACUGUGAAUUUUACCAUAUUUCAGAAUGUUAUAGCAUGAAAGGUAUAUAUAUUUAGCGGCUGUGAAAGGAUUCUUUAGAAAGAACAAUUAUUCUUGUUUGUCACACUAAAAGCUUGUUUUUGGUCCCCUAAAGCGAGCGCGCUAGACGAAAAUGAAUCAAGUACACUUUAACGAUUUUUCCGUUCUUAAUGUAUUCAGCCAACAUUGAUAGUAGUAACACAUUCUCCGCAUCAAGAACCUUGCUGUUGUUUGUAAAACCACUUUUUGUUCAUUAAAAUUGAUAUAUUUUAGCUAAGGAACAUUUUGCAAAGCAUUCCAUCUUUAUUACAUACGUUUUGGUGUUCUGGUGAAGUGUUCUGGUAAAUUAUAGAUUAGGCGUGACAAACUUAUGAAACAACAGGUGGUAAAAAUUUUCGGCUCCUGGUCCUCCUGCUGCAUGCCGACUGUCGGUCCUGCUUAAUCCCACAUUCUGCUUUUCUGCUUCCAAACCAUCGAAAAAGACAGAGAGAAAGGUAGAAAUAACCAUCCGAGAAACAUGUAUUGUUCUUUAACGUAAAAAUAAUUAAAUAUUCAGAAUGCCAGCAAAAAGUUUAAAUGGAGGGCAAUUAUAAUACACGAAAAGGAAACUUCAAAUGGCCGUAACCAUAUGAGUGCUCGAUGUUUUUUUUUCUUUCCUUGCUAUCUUUUUUCCAUCAUCGAAUUAAAAUUAGGUUGCUUUUGCAUUCAGCUUAUCACAAAACAUUUGCGGAUUACUUUAUUUGGAAAACAUUUAAGUAGUCACUGAAACUUGACUGGACAAAAAAGAUGUUCAUACUGUUGGGCAGUUGCCCUUAGCAGAUAAGCUCUGAUUUACGAUCUGAUCACGUCUUCACUUAAUUCAAGAAAAAAGUACUUACUUGUUUGUAAACCAGAAAUAUAAAGCGAUUGUCGAUUGUAACCACAACACAUUCGAUGUGUUAAAAAACUGUCAUGCCGGCAACCAGCGACGCGAUGUUGCGUGACAAUUAUCACGAAAUUAAAAUGCGAUACACUUGUUUGGAAGAAGUACCCCAAAAAGCAAAUACGGACUGCGUUUUUUUUUUUUGUUGUUACGCUGUGGUUACCAAUACCAACAUUUCGGCUUUGGAACUGUGUCUUGAAGAUCUUCAGAAUCGCUCAUCCUGGUUUGCCUCAAAUUAUUUGUCCGUCAAUGCCAAGAAAACCCAUGCGAUGAUCCUGGUAAGCACUCCCAUGAACCUGCUCUUCAUAUUGGCGACUCUGUUAUCGGAAUAAAUGGCUUCCUGAAUAUUCUUGGUGUUCAUAUCGACGAUAAGUUGUCCUUUAACGACCACCCAUUAAAGUUUUUAAAGAAGGUCUAUGCCAAGGUUGGAGCUCUGAGACGACUUAGAAAGCUGGAACCUGUUGACAUGGCACUUAUGCUGUACAAGGCUUAUAUACGUCCACACCUUGAAUAUUGUAGGCCAUUAUAGUUAGGGAUUAACAAAACUUUGAACAAGAAACUUGAAUCGGCAAACUAUUAAGCUUUAAAAGCCCUCUUAAAUUUCGGAAACAGCUUAGAUAUAUGAUUCCAUAUUGUCGCUGUAAACAUGCAAUCACUAGAACAUGGACGGUGCUAUCAAUCUCUUAUCCUCCUUUUUAACCGUAUAAAACGAAAUAGGGCUGACUAUAUUUCUGAUUUAUUCGAACCUCGUAUAUUGCUCUACAAUUUAAGGAACAGAGAUCACAAUCUCACUCAAACCUCCUAUAAUACUAGGGCGAAUAUAGGCGAAAUUCUAUCUAGAGGGGUUCGGGAGCAUGCUUACACAGAAAAUGGUAAAAGUUAGAAUUACUGGGUUAAUUUCUACCAAUUCUGAGAUUGAUUUUGUCCAAUUUUGAUCACCAAUCCGCUGGUUUUCUGCACAAAAAUGUACAUGUAGCAAAGGAAAUUGUGUUUGCUUUUAACAUAAAGAUUAGAAGACUUAAAAAUCCAUGGUAUUAUUGGUGGGGAUAUAGCCCACUCAGCCUAAGGCCUCGCGGUCUCUGACCAAGAUUGGUUACCACAGAUGUUGUAAAUGUAAAGAAAAAAGCCAUUUGCGAGGGAAAGAUCCUUAUGCUAUGAUCCUUACGCAGCCCAGAUAAUUUCUGGAACGAGGAAAUUUGAUCAUGUUACACCUAUUCUUAAGCAGUUACAGUGGCUGCUAAUUAUUAAACAACUUGCGGUUAGGGAUGCUACCAUGGAAUUUAAAUGCUUAAAUAGACUUGCACCCCCAUAUCUUUGUCAGAAGUUUAAAACAAGAACGGAAGUGGACAACUGCAACACUAUGAAUAGGGACCGCCUACAUAUACGACCCUGUAGGACGGCUGCAGGUCAGCGCGCGUUUACCUUCAGUGGCCAAAAGCUGUGGAAUAGUCUCCCAGACGAGUUUCAGUCUAUUACUAAUUUAAAUGUAUUUAAAGUCUUGAUCAAAAACGAUUUCUUAAAACAUAAGCAAGCGAAUAUUAACGUUAAAAGCCGACGUUUCGGUAUCAUCAUGACACCAUUCUUAAGGCAAAAUGAAUAAAUAAUGCGAAGAUUUGAUUUCUAUAGUCUCUACAAAUUAGCAUAAUAACAAAGGAUCACAAGUUCUUCAAGUGAAUACCUUUGCGCGAAUCGAGCUUAAAAAUCAAGACCACUUUUCAGCCCGUGUUCAUCAGCAGAAAACUCAACGAAGACCUUAAAUUUCGAGAAGUCAAGCCAGCCAUUGUUAACCAACAAUGUGCGAUGCAGGAUAUGUUGGUUAUACUCGCGGCCACCUCCACGAACGCGUUGAUGGACACAAACAGAAAUCGUCGUCAAUUUGUAAACAUUAUCUUAGCCAACAUAACUCGGACGUACCACCUUUUCUUUCAGAACAAUUUCACGUGCUCACUAAAGGUUCUAACAAAUUUGAUUGCCUAAUUAAGGAGAUGCUCUUUAUAAGAAAACUCAAACCAUCCCUAAACGUGCAGGCGGACUCGCUUGUGAUCCUUUGUUAUUAUGCUAAUUUGUAGAGACCAUAGAAAUCAAAUCUUCGCAUUAUUUAUUCAUUUUGCCUUGAGAAUGGUGUCAUGAUGAUACCGAAACGUCGGCUUUUAACGUUAACAUUCGCUUGCAGAUGUAUUUAAAGUUAAAAUAAAACAGCAUUUUUAAGGGUAUUUUUGGAAAACUAAGUUUUAGAUAUUUGACAUUGUAAAUUUAGCUAAAAAGCCUUUUUGAGAAGAUUAAUAAAGUUAUUAUUAUUGCCCCCGCAGGGAUUUCGCCCAGAAGGCGAAAUCCCGAGGAGGCACUCUAGUAACUCGCGCGUAUAUUAAGGAAAGUACUUACAGUUGAAAUAUACAGUCAUAAAGUCAAUAUAGAAAGAAUCUCGAUUUGCUUGAACAGGGGCCGCGAGGAAUCGGUAGGUAAUGAUGACGUUUCUAUUGUUUGCGCCCGCAAGUACGAAAUGGUUAGGAUGACGUAAAGAAAGAACAUCCCCAAGGGACCGCUUAGGUAGAUUUUGUGGCAUUUAUUGUGCAGUCAUACUUCGACGCUCUUUUGCGUUACGCGGUUAUCAGUGACAUUCUGUGGAGCAGUUGUUUCAGUGAAAGUUAUGGACCAAAAUUUUAACGACACUCGUUAAGCGCAGAAGAAGUUAUAAGGUGCGUAUAAAUGUGUAUAUAUAAAUACUUGGAGAGUUUGUUAGACACGAGUUCACAAAUCGUUCAUUGGAAACCUUGCCAGACACUCUUUCUCUCUCUUUUACCGGAAUAAGACUCAGCUCCAAACAAGCAAGACGAGUGAGCAACUGCUAGCUUCUCACUAGCAGAACGAUGUACGAUUACAGAAAUUCGCCAACAAUGAAAUUCUGUGCUGACUUAUUCCCUGCUCACAGAUGUCCUUCCGCUAUCAAGUUUAAAAUAAGACUAGAAUGCGCGAGUGUGAAUUAAUCAAACGUCCCUUUAUUAAAUUUCUAAGGCUUCCUUUCCGGCAAAGAAAAUGAACUGAAUGUAAAAAGUGAAAGAAAAAUGGCGAAAAAUUCAACUUCUUAUUAAAUCUUUUCUUAUGGUUUAGAAUAAACUGAUUCUCGAAACUACCAGUCCAGUCCAGUCACUGGCAAUAUUUUCAGGUCAGGUGCAUGUUCUUUGCAUAAGGAACCUUGUCACUUGGGCCUGAUUAAUACAAACGGGUAAGUGGCGUUUACUGAAAAUUCGAGGACUUCGAGAAGUGAGAUUCUCUGAUAUCUCAGGUGACCGGAGUAUUCGGAUCUGUAUCGCACGCCAGUGUUUGUUUACAAUUGGUGAUAACAGAGAUUACGAGUAAAUUAACUUUCCAAAGUUUGGCUCAGAAAGUUUAGUCAAACUUAUUUUUUUGUCAAGGGCUGCUGCAGUCUGAAUUCGAAUAAUAUGUCGCAAUAGAAACCAAACACUGAGUUUUCCUGGUUGAAAGAGUGUCAAUCAACCAAGAAAAACAACAGCGAGCAAAAGGAGGUAAAAUGGAGAAACCCCUCAAAUCACACGUAUACGUUUUCGUCUAGCGCGCUCGCUUUUGGUGGACAAAAAAGGCUUUUAGUAUGACAUACAGGAAGAAUGGUUUCUUCAAAAGGACCCUUUCACACCGGCUAAAUAUAAAUACCCUUGAUGCUAUAACAUUCUGAAAUAUGGUAAAAUUCACUGUAUCAACAAAGCACGAAACAUUACUUUCUUUGCGCGAGUGUUAAAAAUAGAAAGAAAGCCUAGAUCAAGAUAAAGUAUAGCUUGAAAGUAACUUUAAGAAAUGUGCAACAAACUUUGUAAAGAUGAACUAUACAUUAGCUUUCGUUUUCUCGUACGAGCGUUUUGAAAAUGCCGUAAUUUGCAUAAUUUGCUUCGGGCCUUCGACCAGGUUUAGGCCGAUUUUAAACAUUCCUGUUUUUCGCAAAAACGGAGCUUCGCUGGAUCUUUUGAAUAUUGUUUUUGAAAAUAGUUUACCAAAAGGGUUUUUUUGGGGUGAAAUUAAAAAAAUUCGAAUUUUUUGAUCUGGCGCCGGAUUCUCGAUAUUUACUGAGAACGGUUCUUAAAUUUCUGCGUUCGCGUGUUACUGAAAAGCGCUAUCUUCGAGAAACUUAACCUCAUUAAUUUAUGCAAGUAUAUCUCACAGAUUACGACAAUUCGUUUGAACAAUUUUGUUUCAUUUCUUUUGUUUGACAGGAACUGACACAACUGCAUUUGCAGGAUUUCGCGCCUGCAAAUGUUUGAAAGAUCAUUACCGUACGAAUUUGUUUGGGGCUUGUAAGCCAUGCGAGCUAGGAUCAGAAUGUCAAGAUGAUUACGCAAAUCUUAAAGAUGGCUUUUGGUGGAAAUGGAGGAGUAAGACACACCGUGAGCUGUACAGAAACUUCACCAAAACGGCAAAGGACUCCUCAUUUACUCCUGAAUUACACAACGCGAAUGAUUCCCGUAUCGUAUACCCGUACACCAUUCCUCAUCCGUACAGAUGCCCCAUGACAGAAGCUUGUAAGGGAGGUUUGAAUUCUUCAUGUAAUUCUGGUUAUAAAGGACCAUUAUGUGCAGUUUGCAGUGAUGGAUAUUAUAAAGAACUGAAGAAAUGCAAACUGUGCCCAACUAAAGGAGGGAUGAUCAGACAGCUUGCAAUUAUGGGGGCAAUAGUUGUGUUACUGGUUAUUAUCGUCGUGUGGAGAAGCAAGAAAAAGAGCGAAAAGGAUGCUGGACGAUCUUUCCUUGACAAGGCCCUUGGAAGUAUUAAAGUUACAAUUGGCUUUUAUCAAGUGACUUUUGGUAUCAUGGAAGCGUUUUCAUACAUUAAGUGGCCUGAAAGUCUCUCAGUUAUUGGAGGAUAUUCCGAGAUUGUUCAGGUUAACAUUGUUCAGAUAGCCCCCCUCCACUGCAUCAUUCCCAGCUUGAAAUUUGACGCAUUCGCAAGUCUUUUUGCAGUUAUGGGAUUGAAUUUUGUAGCGGUGAUUGUGGCCCUUGCAAGCUACGCCCUUGCCACUUGGAAAUCAACACGACAUAUUUUGAAUGAAGACGAAAAAAUAAGGAAAAAGGAACAAAUUAAAAUGGUCGUAAAGAGAAAUCUGUUUUUCUUUCUUUACGUGACCUACCUGAACACUUGCCUAAAAACAGCCCAAGUUUUGCCCCUUACCUGCCACAGGAUCUGCGUUGACCAGGAGAAAGACGAAGGAUGCGAGCAAUAUUUGAAAGCCGACUACAGUAUUAACUGUAAAGGGGAGAGAUACAACCGAUUAGUCUUCGUGGGAUAUUGUUCCACUGUGUAUGUGAUUGUUCUGCCUUUUGCUGCCUUUAUAGCAAUUUGGAAACAGCAAAGAGCAGAAAGGAAAGCUAAGGAGGAAGCAACAAACGAUACAAAUGUUCUUGAAGACCAAAGCACCGUGCAAACCGCAUUACGUUUCUUACACGAGAACUACCACUCUCGUUGUUGGUAUUGGGAAGCGGUGGAGACAGCUCGAAAGGUUAUUUUGACCUCUGGAUUGAUCCUUCUUGGUGGCGAGAGCAGAGCGUACAUUGGAUUGGCUUUGGUUUCGUCUGGACUGUUUAGUAUGUAUUUCGGGCUAAAAAAUCCAAUGAGUGAUCCAUUCGAAAACAAGCUUAUGUUGUCUUCACUUGCCGUUACCUUCGUAAACCUUGCAAUCGGAGCCGUCAGCUCAAUCCCAGAUGAAAGUUUUCCGUCAUCAGUCGACCCAAUCUUGGAUACCCUUCUGUUCAAUGGCUUGGUUUAUGUUGCCAACUCCUUGGUGAUUGGACUCCUUCUUGGUAAGUCAAUAGCAAAAAUUGUUUGUCUGUCACAGUCCUGCUCAUUCCUCAACUAA